AUGGUCGCUAACUGUCCCGACAGCGAUGACUCGUCCAUGUCCUUGACUGAGAGUGUCAAGGAUUAUCCCAUCGAAUUUGGCAGGAGAUAUCAUGCUUACCGAGCUGGCUCCGUCACAGCAUAUGCCUUCCCAAAUGACAACUACGAGCUGGAGCGCCUCACCUUCCAGUACGACAUACUCACAGCCCUCUUCAGCGGCAGACUCUUCUUCGCGCCCCUCACCAAGGCCUCGCCGCCGCGGAGGAUACUCGAUAUCGGUACGGGCACGGGAAAAUGGGCCAUCCAGAUGGGCGACUACUUCCCCGAAACCGAAAUCAUCGCCACGGACCUGUCACCCGUCCAGCCGGAAGAGGUUCCGCCGAAUGUUAAUUUCUUUGUGGAAGAUUCAUCCGAACCGUGGGACUACACCCAGCCAUUCGAUUACAUCCACACGCGCGUCACGGCGGGGUGCUGGUCAUGCUUCAAGACCCAGGUAGCCCAGCAGGCCUUCGACUCGCUCAGCCCGGGCGGGUGGCUCGAGUCGCAGGAGUUUGACUCGUACGUGGCCUGCGACGACGGGACCGUGCCCGAGAACAGCCACCUGUCGGCAUACCUGCGCACCCUGGCCGAGGCGGCCGCCCAGAUGGACCGCCCGAUGAAGCUGGCAUGUCACCUCCGGAGCAUAUACGAGGAGGUCGGCUUCGUCGACGUCCACGAGCGCAUCUUCAAGAUCCCGACAAACGGAUGGCCGCGCGACGAGCGGCUCAAGGAGCUGGGCAAGAACUGGGAGCUUAACCUGCGGCAAGGGCUCAGCGGCUUCAGCUAUAAUCUCUAUCAUCGGGCCUUUGGACGGACUGCCGUCGAGACAGAGCUCUCCCUCGUCGACGUACGACGCGAAAUAUCAGACCCCCGAAUGCACGCCUACAUGCCCAUCUACGUGGUGUGGGGGAGAAAACCGUUCCCCGGCGAACCGGUCCCAAACAGGACGACGUCUUAA